AUGCCCAAGACAAUCUUGUUCUUUACGAAUUCCGAUUACGGCCAGGCUAAUGUGGUCCUAGCUGCAGCGUACGAGUUGGCUAUUCUGGCCAAUGAUGUUGAGAUUCAUAUUGCGUCCUUUGAGGGCCUCGAGCAGGCAGCCCUUAAGACCAAUCAGCUCGUUGUGGAUAAUUCUCCGGGCAAGCAAUCAUCGCGCCUGAUUUUCCACAGACUGCAUGGGAGAUCCCAAUUUGAAGCAUGUAUAGGGCCGGAUGUCGACCUAUUCAAAGCAUACGACCGACCUCCUACUUUCUUCAAUGCGGCACGCACGAUUCUCUGCAUCGAGGGUAUCAUGCAACCUUGGAGCUCGGAAGAGUUUGUCGAUUUGUAUCAGCAAAGCCUAUUUAUUCUGAAUAAUGUGAAACCUGAUUUGACUGUUGUCGAGCCACUUUUCACGCCCGGUCUUACUUUGUGUAACCAUCUGGGCAUCAACUGGAUCGUACUGGCGCCAAACACGAUUAAAGAUUUUGCGGUUCCUCUGCAACCAGGGCUUGCAGCUCUGUGGAGGUAUCCCAUAGUCUGUUCAGGAAUGCCAUUUCCGCUUCCUGUUUAUCUCAUCCCUGCCAAUAUUGCUCUUAAUCUCGUUGCUGUAUACAUGCUACUUACGGCCCAAAGAGUCAAAAAUGCCGAGACGUUGUUGAAAAGUCGGGUUGGAGAGAGCAUCCAACUGAUGACUGCCAACGAAUUGGGCGUGUUGAAGCCUGCCCCGGCUGGGCUACGGAUCCUUGUCGCGAACAGCGCCGAUCUGGAUUACCCCUUUGACAUAUUACCUUCCCAUGUUAUCCCAUGUGGUCCUAUUAUUCGUCCCUCCCUUGAUCUCGGUAAAGUGGAUCAAUCCUUGGAAAUUUGGCUUGCUAGAGAGCCCACGGUCUAUGUCAAUCUUGGCACCCAUCUAGCGAUGACCAAAUCGGAAGCGGUCGAAAUGGCAGCUGCCUUUCGUCAAGUUUUAGAUAUGGCAGACGCGAGGGGUCGAAAAUUACAAAUUCUAUGGAAACUCAAGAUCAAAGGGGUGGCAAGUGAGGACAAGGUUGCUCCAAACGGCCCAGAGCAACACGAGGAGGACGUUUACAAUGCCAUUCGUAGGCACUUGGGGAAAGAGAUAGAUAAUGACCAGAUCAGACUCACGAAUUGGGUUACGGCUGAGCCAAAAUCUGUGCUCGAAUCUGGUCAUAUCAUCUGUUCAGUGAACCAUGGUGGUGCAAGCUCCUUUAACGAAGCAUUGUGCGCCGGGGUCCCGCAACUUGUUUUGCCAGGGUGGGCAGAUUGCUAUGAUUUUGCCAACAGGGCAGAGCUCAUUAGAAUCGGCCGAUGGGGGAACAAGAAGGCAAAGCCGAGAUGGCAGAAAGAUGAGCUAUGCGAAACCCUUGCGCAAGUUAUCUUUGGAGCCGAGGCGGAGGAAAUCAACCUACAAGCCAGAAAGUUCGCUCGGAAAUAUGCCGAAGGGGAUGGGAGGCGCUUCGCGGCGGAGGUUCUCUUGGAUGCUUUAGUGACAAGCUCAUAAUAGUUGUAACGACUUUGGCUAUAGAUAAUACAUAUAUUCCGU